UACGGAGCAGGCAGCAUACCAGCGAUAUCACAACCUUGCCCAGGCAGCAGCCCCUGGCCUCUCACUGCCGUACCAGUACAAAGUUCUGGCUGAGAUGUUCAGGAGCAUGGACACGGUGGUCGCUAUGCUGUACAACCGCUGUGAGACGGCUACCUUCACCAAGAUCAAACAGGGAGUCCAGGAUAUGAUGCACAAGCGGUUUGAGGAGAACCACGUGUGUCAGAUAAAGACAGUUUUUCCUGAGGCCUACACGUUUAGACAGGAGAAGAACAUCCCAACCUUCAACAGCAGCAUAAAGAAGGGCAGCCACCAGCUAACUGUGGAGCCUGUCUUUCCUUCUGACCAGAAUGAAUCCCGUCCUCUCCUGUCAGCCUCUUGUCUCCUUGACAGACGACGCAUCUUCCACCAGAAGCUGGUCUCCAUCGUCAAACAGCAUCACAAGGUCUUCCUGUCCUCGCUGGUUCCUCCGGUGUCUGUUCCAGACGACAAACUAACCCGCUGGCAUCCUCGCUUUAAUGUGGACACUGUGCCAGGUGUCCAAACCAGCUCCCUACCUCAGCCCCCUCACACGGAGAAACUGUCCACAGCUCAGGAGGUUCUGGACAAGGCUCGAUCUCUCAUUACACCCAAGAUGGAGAAGGCUCUUGUUUCACUGGCUCUAAAGACACAGGAUACAGCGCCAGAGAGUAAAGAGCCAACAUCUCCCCAGAGCCCGACAGUCAGCCAAACAACCGCUGCCUCUUCUGCUCAGCUUCCAACAGCCCUGAAAGGAGUUUCCCAGUCUCUGCUGGAGAGGAUCAGGGCAAAGGAGGCUCAGAAGCUACAGGCUGCCAUGACCCGAAACUCCACCCAAGAGGAGCGCCUGUUGAUGAUGUCACGACUCCCUGAGUUGGCGAGGAUUCUUCGGAACGUUUUCGUCUCAGAAAAGAAGCCGGCUCUAAUCAUGGAAGUUGCCUGUAACAGGAUGGUGUCGAGCUACAGAUCCGCUCUCAGCACAGGUGAAAUGGAGAAACAUAUACGUCUACUGGCAGAGGUAGCAGCUGAUUGGCUGGCUAUUCAUCCAAUUAGGAAGGACUUCUACCUGAAGUUGAACAAGACCAUGGAGCUGAACAUUGUUCUGGACAAACUGAGCAACAGACUCAGAGAAGAAGAGAGACUCUAAAACAAUAUGAGUGAUGAUCUGCUGGCCUUUCACAGUUAAUCACCCACUUUCCUCAGCGCUGUGCUACAUGAGCCGCCAGCAGACUGAACACUAGUUGGUUUAAACUCCCCUUUUGUGAAUUUUAUUGGUUGCCUGUCACAGGCUUUUUAGAGGUAAGGUGGUCUGUACUCUAGGCUGACCUUCUGUCAUUGACCUGUGCGUUGUUUCGCCUUUUCAUUUUCUUUGAAAGUGUUUUAUUGUUCUGAACUUCUCUGCCUCAAGUCUUUUUGAGUGUCGCUUUUCUACAGUGUAGAACAGCUGAUGCUGAAUGUUUACAUUUUUAAAGGUCAUUGUUCGAUAAUGUUUGAGAAAUACAAGUAUUGGUGAGGAUCCUUCCUGCCUUUUUUUUUUUUCCUUCUAUGAUCACAAUUUUAUUAAAUAUAACAAUCUGUAAAAUGCUAAGCAAUGAUUGCACUAAGUAUGGAAAAGUGAUGUCAAACUAUGUUUUAUCAAGAUUACACAUAAUGGGGAAAAUAUGAAAACAUAAAAAAGUUAGAAAAAGAAACUUAAACAUCUUGUCUGGUUGACUAACAUGCUUUUUAAGGUUUCUACCUGAAGCAUUGUACAAUUUAAUUUUGGAGCUUUUAAAGUAAUUAUUACUGCUAAGUCUUUUCAACCAAGAGGAAGUCUGGACGAUUCUAACUGAAGAGACAUCUUAUUUUAAAGGGCAUAGUUACAUUGUGGAUGUGGUACGAUUGUGAUACAACCCCUGUAUGGAAUGUCUACGUGAACAGGUAACAUGAGUACACACAGCAUGCGACCCCAAGAUGACCUCAGAUGGAAAAUAAAAAUGUGAAAUUUGGAAA